UUUUAUAUUUUUAAUAUAUUAUUUUAUUUUGUGUAAUUUUAUGUUUUUAAAAUAUUUUAUUUUACUUUAUUUGAUUAUUAAUUUUAUUCUAUUUAUUUUAUUUUAAUUUUAAUUUUAACUUAAAUUUUAGUCAGUUUUAUUUCAUUGUAAUUAAUUUUAUUUUAUCUUAUUUUGUUAGAUUUUUUUAAAAUUAUGUAAUUUAAAUUAUAAAUAAAAUAAAUAAUAUGGAAAAUAAAGGGGCAACACCACUGUAGCCCUACUGAAAAAGUCCUGAAAUUGAAAAUUUAAUUUAUAUAUAGAGGGAACGGAAGUUUUUAUUAAACACACAUUCAAGUUGUUAACUUAUUUUUUAACUGCAGUUUCAUUUUCAAAAACGUCUUUUUGUUUCCUGAAAUUGAAAAUUUAAUUUAUAGAUAGAGGGAACGGGAGUUUUUAUUAAACACACAUUCAAGAUGUAAUCACAUUUUUUUAACUACAGUUUUAUUUUUUUCAAAAACGUCUUUUUGUUUAAUACCUCAACUUAGCAGAAUGACCAGCCUUUGAUGUAAAUGUUUUUUAAAAGUUUUAUUAAAUUUCUUCUUACAAACGUUGUUAAGAAAAUAUAAAUAGGAACAAUUAUUAUGUUUUAUUCUUUCGCUAGAAUAAAAAGAUUUUUCUUACGGUACAAUUUUAAAUUCCUUAGUAAAAACGGUAUGUAAUACUAUAAUGUAUAUACGGGAGCUUAAAUGUAGGAUGAUAUACUUAGAAGUGGAUCGCUGAAACAAUAAAGCAUAAUGAUUUUUCACUUUAUAACGCUUUUCAGUGUAAAAGCCAUAAGUCUUUAAAAAAGGGUAAAGCAUAAAUUAUAAUUUACAAUAAUUAUUGGUACCUAAUUUUUUCUUUUUUUGAUCUCCACAAAAUGUGUUUGUAAAAAAACAUCACUUUUUCAAGUUAUAAGUCAAUAACAAGAAAAAACGCGUUUUUUCUGCCUUUCGAUAAUUUCUCAGGGUUGCCGUAAGAAAUUUAGUUGAACGUCAAAUUCGUCUUCAGCACCCCAAAAUUAUAAAUUACACCAGUAAUUUCCACUUUAACUGAACGAUAUGCAAGAAAAAAAAAUUAAACGAUUAUUUGGAUUCGACCUUCUUUCAAUUAUACUACAGUGCUUUUGUUCAAAUAUGCAGUCAAACUAUCAGCAAAUAAGCGCAAACCGAGUUUGCAUUCAAAAACCAAAUUCAAACUAAAAAAAUCGUAGUCAUGUAUUUUGUGAGUUAAAAGGAUUUGAAAAAUAGUGGUCUUUCAUUAGCCGUGACUACAAAUCUUAAGUUUUAUCAAUUUUGUCUUUGGCUAUAAAACCUUGAUUAAACCUGCUAACAAUCGCAUUCAAAAACUUAAAUUUAGCUGCAUCAGUUCGCUCAACUAAAUAAACAAAUAUUUUACAUGGCCCAAAUUCAAUGGACGGGAGUGUAAUAAAAUACAAGUUAUGGCAAGUUAUGUACCUUAAAACUUGGCUUGUUCAAUUCUCAUUUCAAAAUGAUAUAACAUUGUUGAAAAUAUUCCAUAAAUAACUAAAACAAAAAUAUUUUUCUGAAAUAAUCCGACUUUUUACCUAAUUAGGUAAUUAGUGCUGUUUUUUUUUUUUUAAAUAAAAGAAGCUUAAUGAAUACUCCAAAAGGUAUGUUUAGUUGGUAGGCUAAGUUUAUACAUGGUUGAUAGCAUACAAAUAGCGGAAAACCCUAUCCUUUCGGCCUUUUGACCGGAAAUGGCAGCCCUAAAGCACUGCAUACCCAAAGCAGGGUCAUAAUAUACUUUUUUUAAAAGGGUUAAAAUUAUGCUAUACAAAAAAUGAUGUAUUUGUUGCUGAAUAAUAAGUAAUAAUCUCGUCUUCGAUUUCAAUUAAACAAUCUUUUUCGUGUCCAAAAUCAAACUUUUUUCAUUUCCAAUAUAUUUCUCUAAGCUUAUUGUUAUUAUAGUAGGAGAUCCCGCCAUAGGACGACCUAACCUCAUCGUUAUACCAGUUGAGAGUUAUAUGAAAGGUAGUGUCUAAUGUCGUUUUCUAUUGACUUUUGAGAUUUUUGUGUACAAAUCUCUGAUUUUCCACUGCAAAUAGAAUAUGAAAUCUACUUUUGUAAUUGUGUACGAAAUCUGUGCGUAUAAAAAAAAUAAAACAACAACAAAUGUUCAGACAAAUGUCAAACAGAGGAGUGUGUGUGAAAGUGCGUGUGUUUGUAUGCGUGAAUCUUGAUAAAAAUCCAGAUUUAGAUUCUUGAAUCUCAGAUUCAUUUUUUUGUCAUUAUUUGAAUCUCAAGACGCAAAUAGAUCAUGAAAUCUGAGAUUUAUCCACUAUUUCCCCUCUUCACCCCCUUUCAGCUCUCAGAUUCACAAAUCUCAUUCUGAAUCUCGUCAAUAGAAAACGACAUAAGGAAAUAAACUGCAUAUGUUAGAAAAAAUAAAAGAACUUGAACGUAUCUGUCAAAAUUUUAAUUUAACUUACCGUUUUUACGGAGGGAUUUUUUUAAGAGGUUCUUAUUUUCAUAUUUCAAUUUAUCUAUUUAUUGAUCCUCAUAUUUUAACUCACUCUGGUAUUUGCCCUGAAAAAAUCACCGAAAUUAAAUUAUUUUACCCCAAGUGCAAUGGUUACUUUUUUGCUGCAAAAAUAAUGCCUAAACUCAGGGUCUUUAAAUGUCUUGCCAUAUAAGCAGGAUCGCGUAUUCAAAAAUACCGAAAAAUAAACUUUAAGGCUUGGCAACCCUUUGCCUUGACAGGAUAUCGCUAGGCAACCCAUAUGCAUUUUAUUUUCUUAGACACUACCUUUCAGAAAAUAUAACUCUCAAUUGGUAUAAGGAUGAGGGUAGGUCGUCCUAUUGUGACUUGGGAAAUAGAUUUCCACGCCAUCUACCAUUUGUAGCGACAACCUGAAAAUGAUAUAGAUUUUUUUUUUAUUUGCAGUUCAAUGUAGUUUUCAUAAGAAAAAAAACAAAAAAGACCUCGAGAGAAAUUUAUUUUACGAAUUAAUUUUAUAUGAACGAGUAUCAAUUUUAUGAUUGUAAAAUGAUAAUAAUAUGUGUUUAUAUCUAAAUCAGGUUUAAAAUAUAUCAAAAAGAAUAAUAAUUCCUAUUUAAUUUGUCUCCAAAAAGAGAAGCAAAUCGCAGGAAAACAACAACAAAUACUACAAAAAAUAUAGAAACUAUUUUGGUUUAAUUUUCUUUCAAAAUUGUUGAAAAUAAAAAAAAAUGCUUACCUACUAUUAUUUGUGAAAAAGCAAAACAAAUAAAAGAAUAAUUUAAUAACUUCUAUAUUUUUUUAAGUAUUUUUUGUUGUUUUCAGGCGAUUCGCUUACACUUUUUAAAUACAAAUUACACAGGUAUUAUACUUUUUGAUAUAUUUUAAACCUGAUUUAGAUAUAAACACAUAUUAUUAUCAUUUUACAAUCGUAACAUUGAUACUCGUACAUAACAUAAAAUUAAUUCGUAAAAUAAAUGUUUUUCGAGGUCUUUUUUAUUUUUUUCUAAUAGAAAUUACAUUGAGCGGAAAAUCGGAAAAUAAUCUAUAUAACUUUCAGGUUUUCGUCGCUAUCCACCAGGUGUCGUGAUGCCAAGUGUCAAUGGCGGCAUCUUAGAUUUUUUAUAUCUUACUAUGCUAUGUGAGUAGAGUAGCGGAAAUGCAAAAUACAGUAAAAAUGAUAAUUGAUAUUCAUUCAUUACUAUCACAAUGGUUUGAACAUAGUUUGAGACUCAUCAUUUGCGAGUGGCAAUGGUGCAGUGUAUGUAUGGCUUGAUUGCUAACCUGUAGGUGUGGGUUCGAGCCCUACCUCAGGCAGCAUUCUCUUCUUUAUCCCCCAGCUUCGAAGCCACCCCACAGUGUGGGAAUUCGCUCAUUUAGCGGAAUUAAAUUAAUAGCGCUUACAGAUUUAACUUUUUGAGAAUUCUUUUUUUGCAAGAUUAAUUAUAAAUAUAUCAAUAAAGAAAUAUAAUAACAAUUAUUUAAAUAUCAAAUUUUGUAUGUACAGAGCUCUGAAAGUACAAGUUUUUUCCCAUUCGUGGACUCAUUUUUAAAAGUACUGUACGGUCACAAAAAAAAAAAAAUUUACCAUUUCUUUUUUACAAUAUUAUUUAAAAAUAAGGACAAAAAAUUACAAGAUGUUCUACUAUGGAACGGAAAAGGGUAAGAACGGAAUCGGAAUCAUCCUUGCAAAAGACCUCUUAGGCAGCAUAUUGUCCAUUUCGAAAUCUAGUGACCGUUUGAUGUCCCUUAAAUUGGUGAUUAAAGGAAAGUUGUGGAAUAUUGUCACUGCAUAUGCUCCCCAAAUUGGAUGUGAGCAGGUGGAAAAAGAUGCAUUUUGGCUUGAUUUUCACAACCUACUUAAGGACAUCCCAAAGGAAGAGUUUUUGUUCGUGGGCGGAGAUUUAAAUGGACAUGUCGGGAAAACAAACGAAGACUAUGAAGAUUGCCAUGGAGGCCUCGGAUACGGCACUAGGAACUCUCCUGGUGAAGACAUCCUGAGCUCGUGCAAAACAUAUGGUCUUAUCGUACUAAAUACCAUGUUCAUCAAACAAAGCCGACACCUGGUCACUUACAGCAGUGGUGGAAAUGAAACCCAGAUUGAUUACCAUUUGGUAUCUAGUUUCAUGAAACCUCGGGUCAAGGAUGGUAAAGUGAUACUGGGAGAAGCGAUCGCCCACCAACACCGUCUCCUAAUGACAGAAUUUUUUAUGGAGACAGUGAACGACAACAAAAAGACAAAGACUUUUGGGAAGAUCAAAUGGUAUAAUCUGGAUAAGGAAAAAGGCGAAACUUUUAUUUCGAAUAUGCAAAACUAUCUGUAUAACAACACCAAUAUAUUUCUAAAUGAAGAGAGUACAGCACAAAGUAUGUGGGACCUCCUACAGCGAACUUGCAUAGAAAAAGCCAAAACACUGUUAGGGGUUUCAAAAGGACAUAACCAACAAGGCAAAGAAACAUGGUGGUGGAAUGAUGAAGCUAAAGCAUUUGUAAGUAAAAAGAAAAUGGCUUUCAAAGCUUGGUCGAAGUGCCCCUCUAAUAAUACAGAGCAAAAGUCGCGCCUCGAAGUGGAAUACAGAAACUGCAAGAAAGAAGCGAAGAAGAUAUGUGCCCAAAUUCAAGCCAAGAAUACGGAAGACCUGUAUCGGGAGCUAGAUGUUAUUUCUACCCCGACUGCUGAUGCUAUUCAAGAGCUACGACAAAACGUGAAUAAGGGCGCAACCAUCUUCAAAAUAGCCGCUCAAAUAAGAAGAAAUGCUCAGGAGAUCUGUUCGCCAAAGUUUAUUAACAAUGCUCAGGGCCAACUACUUGUGGAAAACUACGAAAUCCUCCACAGGUGGCGACAGUAUUGUGACGAACUUCUAAAUGAACAAUUUCCAAGGCUACACUUUCCAAUGGCUUCACCUAACUUAAGCGAAGUAUCCGAUGUCACAGUCGAAGAAGUUAGUGAGGCUGUUAAAUACUCCAAAAAGGGAAAAGCUGUUGGGCCAGACGAAAUACCCUCAGAGUUUUGGAAAAAGAUGGGAGACAUCGGGUCUAGAUGGUUCAUGGUUCUUGUUUCCAAGCUUAUACGAGGUGAUCGAAUGCCUAAUCAAUGGAGGGAAAGCUACCUUCUUCCAAUAUACAAAGGGAAGGGUGAUAAUCGAAGCUGUGAUAAUUACCGUUCGAUUAAGCUGAUGUCACAUACCAUGAAGAUCGUUGAGCGAGUCUUGGGUAGCCGACUGCGAAAAAUAAUAAGGCUAUCUGAUGACCAGUGCGGGUUUGUUGCGGGUAAAUCAACCACAGAUGCAAUCCAGAGUAUCAGAAUCAUUAUGGAAAAACAUCGAGAUUCCUUGGAGGAUUUGCAUGUGGUAUUGGUUGAUUUUGAAAAAGCAUUCGAUCGACAACCACGAGAUCUGAUAUGGGUGGCCCUCGAACAACAAGGAGUUCCGGAAACCUAUGUGCGAAUAAUUAUGGACAUGUAUGAUGGAGCAGUUACUAAAGUAAGAUGUGCAGCUGGAGUCACCGAAGAAUUCGAAAUCACAGUAGGUGUACACCAGGGAAGCGUCUUGAGUCCUCUGCUCUUUAUUACCGUUCUUGAUUACCUGCUUGAAGGCAAAGUGACGGACACAAAAGUUCAUCAGUUAUUCUUUGCUGACGAUGGAGCCAUCAUAAGUGAAGACCCGAUAUCCCUGCAACGAGCACUUGAUGUAUGGGUGGAUGUUCUAGAAGGUAAUGGGUACCGCAUAAGCGCGAAAAAGACAGAAUACCUAUGCUGCCCAUUUUCUGAUCCACACAGGCCUAUUCCUGACAUUUAUUUGAAUUGUGUAGUGCUUCCCAAGUGUGAAAAGUUUAAAUAUCUGGGGUCUAUGAUAAAUAACGAAUGUACUUGUGAUGACGAUAUCAAUCAUCGCGUAAGCGUAGGGUGGAUGAAGUGGCGGGAAAAUUCUGCUAUCUUCUGUGAUCGAAAAGCUAAAAAGGAAGGCUCUACACCGCAGUUGUGCGUCCAGCACUCACAUACGGUUCACAAUGUUGGACAAUGUACAAAAAGUAUGAGAGUAAGUUAACGGCAGCUGAGAUGAAGAUGCUUCGUAUGACAGCAGGAGUAACAAAGCUUGAUAGAAUUAGAAGUACGAAAAUCCGAGGAAGCCUUCAUGUUAAAAAUAUCAUCUCCCAAAAAAUUGAACACGACCGACUCAGUUGGUAUUGCCAUGUUCAAAGGAGAGAUCCUGAGAACCCCGUCAAAAAAGCAAUAUCAAUAAAAAGAAAGGUAGGCCUAAAAACUCCUGGUACAAGCAAAUGCAAAAACACCAGCAUUCAGUUGGCCUUAGAAAUGGAACAAUACAAAACCGGGAGGCUUGCCGCCGAUUUCUGAGGUCAACUCGGCGAACCCCACAAGCGGAUCACUAGUGUGAAGCAGUAACGUGGGAUAGUUAUGGUCCCCUCGAUAUCGAGAUCAUAACAGCGCCGAGAAAAAGGAAGAAGAAGAAUAUUAUUUAAAAAUAAGUAAACUAAUGAGUAGAAGUACGAUUAAUACCAUAUAUAUACACACAUUUUUGAUUUACAGAGCUCUAAAAGUACACGUUUUUGGCACUUUGAUAGACCCUCUUAAAAAAUUAAUUUCGCACAGAAAAAAACUUUUCAUUCAUUUUUGUUGGUACUAUUCAUAACUAUUAUAUACGAAAAUGAAAUAGAAAUAAUUUUGUAUGCAUAAUUAGCCAAUUUUUUGAUAAACGGAGUUCUGAAACUACAUAAAGAUUAACUGGAAACAUUGGGUUUUUUGCCUUUUUUGCAGGACUCAUCAAAUUCUUUUUUGUUUUAUCUUAUGGUGGUCUGCUAUCAUAAUAUGAGAAAGUUACUUGAUCUUAGACUAUUUACAGUAGUCUUAAAUUCUCAAUGAGUCGGGAAAAGUAUGUGAAUUUCAAGCUUCCCCAGUUUCGACCGAUUUGAGUCCAUAUUUCACUGAAUAUUUAACAAAGCGUUCUUAUAGUUGCCAUAAAUAAAUUUAUUCUAUCUUCAGAAAGCAGCACAUUGUCUAAGCCACGAAUUAUAAAUGACCAAGCACUUGAUUAUUAACUUAGGUAUGCAAAUAUGAAAACCCUGCUUAAAUAUCGAUAAACGUUAUGGAAAUUAAAAAAUAUUAAAUUAUUUAAAUUUUUUUUAUUAUUACUAAAACACCCUUUAUCCGAUAUAAUCUUUUUUUAUUCCCUGGUAAUUUUUUCUUUUAAUUUUUCAAAUUACUUUCUUCUUUUUUCUCUUACUCUAAAUUUUGGAUUUGAACACCCAGUAUUUCUGUUAUAACUAUUUUUAAAUGCAAUUCACUAGCCUAUUGUUUUUUAAACACCUUGUGAAAUAAAAAAAAUUCUUAAAUUUAUAACAUAGCUAACCAAAUCCUAAAAAAUUAUUCAAUUUUGGUCAUCUUUUUUUUUGUUGAAUAAUCACUUAUAAAAAUCAAAAAAAAAUAUAUUAUAACAUAAUUGGGGUUCCAAAUUUUAGUGAUUCUUGAAAGAUAAUAUAUCAAGCUUUGCAUUGAAUAUUGUCUCUUAGCGGAAUAACGCGGAAUAACUAAAGUUUUGCUCUAACAGAGGUACAAAAAUCGAAAAAAACAUGUCUCUCAAGUUAGCAGAGCAAGGUCAGCAGAACAUAUGUUUUGUUAUUGGAUCUUUUAGUGCUUAUUAAGUGCUAAUUAAGUGCCCCAAAAUUAAAUUAAGUGCUUAAAUUAAUGUUCUGCUAACUUGAUUUAAAGUUAGCAGAGCAAUUACGAGAAAAUGCCCUAAACUGCUCGUAGAAAAAUCGGGUUUGGUAUAAUAUUUAGGUGCUAAUUAAGUGCUCUACGAAUCCCAAAAAAAAAUUCCAAAAAUAAUUUUUUUUCCAAAAAUAAUUUUUUUUCUGUGAUUUUCGAAAAAAAAAUUUUUUUCAAACUGUCUUAAAUAAUUAAGUGCUUAACUAAUAUAAGUUAAGUACCCCAUUUUCCGAAGAAUUUUCCGAGAUUUUCCAUUAAAAAAAAAUAUUUUCAUUUUCCAUACAAAUUCAUGUUCUGCUAACUUGAAUUUGGAUUUUUUCAAAAAAUUCAAUUUUUUUCGACAAAAUUCGAAUUGAAUAAUUAAGUGCUCGACUAAUUUGAAUUAAGUACCCCAUUCUCCGAAGAAUUUUCCGGGAUUUUCCAUUAAAAAAAAAUAUUUUCAUUUUCCAUACAAAUUCAUGUUCUGCUAACUUGAAUUUGGAUUUUUUCAAAAAGUUCAAUUUUUUUCGACAAAAUUGGAAUUGAAUCAUUAAGUGCUCGACUAAUUUGAAUUAAGUACCCCAUUUUCCGAAGAAUUUUCCGAGAUUUUUCAUUAAAAAAAAAAAUAUUUUAAUUUUUCAUACAAAUUCGUGUUCUGCUAACUUGAAUAUUGAUUUUUUCAAAAAAUUCCACUUUUUCGACAAAAUUCGACUUAAAUAAUUGAAAGUUCGACUAAUUUGAAUUAAGUGCUCCAUUUUCCGAAGAAUUUUCCGAGAUUAAAAAAAAAAUUGUCAUUUGUGUUCUGCUCACUUGAAUAUUGAUUUUUUCAAAAAAUUCCACUUUUUUCGACAAAAUUCGACUUAAAUAAUUGAAUGUUCGACUAAUUUGAAUUAAGUGCUCCAUUUUCCGAAGAAUUUUCCGAGAUUUUUCAUUAAAAAAAAAUAUUUUCAUUUUCCAUACAAAUUCAUGUUCUGCUAACUUGAAUUUGGAUUUUUUCAAAAAAUUCCACUUUUUCGACAAAAUUCGACUUAAAUAAUUGAAAGUUCGACUAAUUUGAAUUAAGUGCUCCAUUUUCCGAAGAAUUUUCCGAGAUUAAAAAAAAAAUUGUCAUUUGUGUUCUGCUAACUUGAAUAUUGAUUUUUUCAAAAAAUUCCACUUUUUUCGACAAAAUUCGACUUAAAUAAUUGAAUGUUCGACUAAUUUGAAUUAAGUGCUCCAUUUUCCGAAGAAUUUUCCGAGAUUUUUCAUUAAAAAAAAAUAUUUUCAUUUUCCAUACAAAUUCAUGUUCUGCUAACUUGAAUUUUGAUUUUCUCAAAAAAUACAUUUUAUUUUUGACAAAAUUCAAUGGAGUAAUUAAGUGCUCGACUAAUUAAGUACCCCAUUUUCCGAGAUUUUUCAUUAAAAAAAAAUAUUUGCAUUUUCCAUACAAAUUCGUGUUCUGCUAACUUGAAUUUGGAUUUUUUCAAAAAAUUCCACUUUUUUCGACAAAAUUCAAAUGGAGUAAUUAAGUGCUCGACUAAUUUGAAUUAAGUACCCCAUUUUCCGAAGAAUUUUCCAAGAUUUUUCAUUAAAAAAAAAUAUUUUAAUUUUUCAUACAAAUUCGUGUUCUGUUAACUUGAAUUUUGAUUUUCUCAAAAAAUAAAUUUUUUUUGACAAAAUUCAAAUGGAGUAAUUAAUUAGUCGAACAUUCAAUUAUUUUAGUCUAAUUUUGUCAAAAGUGGAAUUUUUUGAAAAAUCCAAAUUCAAGUUAGCAGAACAUGAAUUUGUAUGGAAAAUGCAAUUUUUUUUUUUUAAUGAAAAAUCUCGGAAAAUUCUUCGGAAAAUGGAGCACUUAAUUCAAAUUAGUCGAACAUUCAAUUAUUUAAGUCGAAUUUUGUCGAAAAAAGUGGAAUUUUUUGAAAAAAUCAAUAUUCAAGUUAGCAGAACACGAAUUUGUAUGAAAAAUUCAAAUAUUUUUUUUUUAUGAAAAAUCUCGGAAAAUUCUUCGGAAAAUGGGGUACUUAAUUCAAAUUUCUCGAGCACUUAAUUAUUCAAUUCGAAUUUUGUCGAAAAAAAUUGAAUUUUUUGAAAAAAUCCAAAUUCAAGUUAGCAGAACAUGAAUUUGUAUGGAAAAUGAAAAUAUUUUUUUUUUAAUGGAAAAUCUCGGAAAAUUCUUCGGAAAAUGGGUCACUUUUUUUUCGAAAAUCACAGUUUUUAACCGAUUGGGCUGAAAUUUUGUGUGGAGCUUAAAAAUACGUAGGAUUUUUUUGAAAUAUUAAUUUUUAAAGAAAUGGCAUUAGUUUGAAAAAAUUAUUUCAUUCCAAAAACAAAAUUCGUUGAAAAAAAGACCAUAAAAUCGUUAAAUUUUAAUAUUCAUACGUACUUCACUAGAGAAUAGUAUUUUUAAGCUCCACACAAAAUUUCAGCCCAAUCGGUUAAAAACUGUAGGAGUUAGUUGGUCACCCGAUGGGAGCACAGGAUUUUACUAUCAUCCUGAACUACACCGCCAUUUAAAAAAUUUCACAUCAUUAAAAAAUUUAACAUUAGCCUAUUCUGUUACCUAUUAAUAUACUUAAUUAAACUAAACAAACACCAAAAGAAAAUAAUAUUUCUUCUUUGUUUUAUACGCUGAUGAAUAUGACGCUCGAUUUCAUGGUUUACAAGGUGUUAUUACCCCUUAAGAAAAACCGGUUUUGGCAUCAAACAAGACAAGUCAUUUUUAGAAUUAAAUUCCGCUUAAUUCGCGAAAUCCCACACUGGCCGCCGCACAGUGUGAAAUUUUGCCAAUCUAGCGGAACUUAAUUCAUGGUUCCAAGUACACUUAAUUUUUGGUAUGAAAACCAGUUUAAUUAUGUUAAAUAUGUAUUUCUACAGGUGCUUCAUUCAUUUUUAAAUAUAUUAUCUUAUUAGAUGUCCGCUAUGUGGUAUACGAGUACAUAAUUUACUACAAUAGAUGAGGAAGAGCCGACAUCGAGCAAACGAUUUUGUAAGUUGUUUCUCAAAACUAUUUAUAUCUCGAAAACGAAGCGAGAUAUCGAAAAAUUUUAUUUGAUCUUUUCGUCUUAUAUUAUUAUGAAGAAUCUAAGAAAGUAAUUUGCGAUUCAUAAAAAUGUGAUUUACGAUUUAUGAAAACAUCGACAAUAGGUUUUUGAUCCAUGAAUCGAACAAAAAAAAAUAAAAUAUUGCAAAAGAUUGCAAAAAGUUGCCAAAAAUAACUCUUGAUUCUAAUUAUAUAAAUUACAAAGAAUCGAAACGCGGGCUUACUUAAAAACCGUUAUCUCAAAGUUUUGAAAGACGUUUUUUUAUACCCUUGCAAAAAUUAAUGUAAGUAAGUAAUUAUAAAAAAUAAAACCAAUGAUCUUACUGGAGCAUGUAGUAUUAACAUCAAAGAUACAAAAUACAUAAUAAUAUUACUGUUCCUAAGACGCAUUUGUAAAAACUGCACAACUCAGUUACUCGGCUGUAAAAUGCCUUUAAUUUUUUUGUUCGCACAAUGUUUGACUUUGACAGCUUACUGUACAAAACAAAAUGGAAAUAUCAAGUUUUCACCACCUGAAAUGAAUAAACUGUUAUGUUUAAAAUUGAUUAACACCAAUUCGUACUCAGCAGCUUAACUUUAUUUUUUGACUUAAGUUCCGCUGGAUUGGAAAAAAUUUACACUGUGCGCCGGUAGCGCUUAAACCGGCACUGUCUGAACUGAUAAUUCUGCUAUGUCUAUCAUGUUCUUAAGCGGGUCUUCUAUUUUAAUAUCGUCUAGAGCAAUCAUGAUUGCUGAGUUCCUGUCACUUUUUGUAUAAUUACAAUUAGCUUUUAUUAUAUGGAAUUAAAUUUCAUAAAAUGAAAGUUCGGGAAUACAACCGACUUUUCUCUUCUUGUUGUUGGGUGCUGCUAUCUGUGUAUGGGUUUCUGGAACUAGUUAAGUGAGUCUGCCACUACAACAUUCCCCUCCAAGUGCAACUAAUAUGUUUCACAAAAUCGACUGUAUGAGACAAUUGUAAACUUUCUUUCUUUCAAAGCUUAAUUUGUCGCACAAAGCUGUCCUCGUGGAACAAUUUUUCUUUAAAAAUAUUAUGAGCUGAAAUAUGGUUUGAUUCGAUCGAUCGACUUGUUUUUGUAGCCUUCUUAUUACUCUGAACGGGCCUUCGUAUGGGGAUUCCAUACUUUUUCUUACUUUGUCGCAAGUGUUUAGACAACUAGGUACACUGCGCGUCACUUGAAUAGAAACAACAAUUUUUCUUUAGAAGAUAGCGAUUGGCGCUUUGGUGAGGUAACUUAGUAGAUUUUUGGUUUUGCAUUUUCAAAGAGGAACUUUUAACAAACAAUGCAAAAACGAAAAACCCAAAACAGAAACCUAUGGCUACUAUUUGCGUUUUUCGCAUUACUUCACAAAAAACAGUGUUUAUUUUUGCGUCGCUUGAAUAGAAACAAGCUCUUAAAUGAUGAAAAAUCAUGGACAACACUAAUUUUAGUAAAGCAAUAUUAAACUUUGAUAUUAUUAGCACAUAAUAACCAAUUAUGGGCUACGAGCUACCCUUAGGCACCACAGAAAAUGCAUAAAUAGAAGCUAACAUUGAAAAUGCACUUGCACUAUGCAUAAUCGCAAAAGAUAUUGAAAAACUUGCCAAAUUUGGAUGAGAAUAUUUUUAAAAUAUCGUAAACUAGUGAUUAAAUAAGAAAAUAAGACAGGUGAGACCCAAAUCAAGAGUAGAGAAAAAAAUAAUUUAGCAACUAGCUGCAAUUUCCUUCACUUUGCAGCUAAAAUUGGUCAAAAACGUUGUUUUAAUGCGAUGGUAAUGUGUUUUUUUUUUCCAUCACAUUAUAAAAUGUGCGCAUCAUUUAAAAGGCCCCAAAAUGCAAAAUAACAGAAUUUUAAGCUCCUAUAGAAUAACAAAAAAGUUAGCUAUUUUAUAGUUGCAUUCGAACUGAAAAGAAAUGAGGUAAAGAGUGUUUUUUUUUUUAAAGUAAACAUACCAACUCAGAUGGACCAUAUUAAUACUAGUCCUAUAUCAUUGGUUUAAGAAAGAAUAACUUUAAUCGCAUCGCCACCAAAGGACACUAAAAUGUGUUAUACAAUACGAUUUGAUCUUAUGAUGUGCAAUAGCAAAAUUGAAGCUUCACGUUUCGAAAAAAGAUGCAAACUUUUACAAAGAAAUAAUGGUAGAAGCUCUUGGAGAGUUUAGGAAUGUGGAAGAACAACCGUCAUAGAGAUUGCGCAAGGAUAGUUCCAGAAAAAAACAACGCAAUAGAAACAAAACAGAUGCAUUCCGGAUGAAAACGAAAGUUUAUUUCAAUUAUUCAAUCCUUAAAUUGAAGAAAAUAUCAUUUUCUAAAUUUGUAAGAAGUUACCAAACACUAUAAUCACUUUCUCCAAUUUGGUCCACGAUUGUGUACAGUGCAAGUGCAUUUUCAAUGUUAGCUUCUAUUUAUGCAUUUUCUGUGGUGCCUUAGGGUAGGUCGUAGCCCAUAAUUAGUUAUGAUGUGCAAAUAAUGUCAAAGUUUAAUAUUGCUUUACUUAAAUUAGUAUUGUCCAUGAUUUGUCAUUUAUUUAUCUAAGCUUAGUACAAGCUAUGACUUAAAACUAACUUAAACUACCUUAGACUAAUUUAACAUUUUUUUUUUUUUUGGUUCUUGUUUUGUGUUGUUUUUAUUGUAUCAAGACCGGGCCCUAAGGCCCACCUUAAUGUUGUUUUAUGGGAAACAACAAAAACGAAAAAAAACAAAAAACUUAAACGUUAAACACCAAGCUUAAAAAAUAAGGGGAUUUGGAUGGAGGUGUUCAUAUCGGGGGCAUAAGAUGGGAAUGAUUAGUGCAGCAGGAUAUUCCGGAGAUUUUUUCUAAGUGAUGAUUUACUUAUAUGGAAGUCAAAGGAGGGCAUUGCUUCGUUUGAGUGCCUUAACAUUCUGGACAUAGGUUCAAAGUGGCCAUAAUUGUUUCGAUGACGGGAAAGGUAAAAAAGGGUGGAGAGCGGAGACUUCGGGGAUUUGUGUUUAGGUUGAUUUCACGUAGAAGAGUAGAUGAUUUAAUGUUUCCUGUAAGCAAUUGAUGGACAAAGAGUAUGUCGGCUAUUUUGCGACGCUGGGCUAAGGUUUGCAAGCCAAUUAGAUUCAGACGGUCAUGGUAUGGGGGUAAGUUGAAUCUAUCUUCCCACGGAAGGGCACGUAAAGCGAAACGAAUAAAUCUUCUAUGAAUGUUUUCAAUUCUAUGUGAAUGAUAUUCGUAAAAAGGUGACCAAACUUGGGAAGCAUAUUCAAGAGUGGGUCUUACGAAUGUUAUGUAAAGGGAUUUUGUAACAUAUGGAUUAUUGAACUCCUUAGACCAACGUUUAAUAAAACAAAGGGACCGGUUGGCUUUGUUAAUUAUCUGAUCAAUGUGAGAGUUAAAAUUUAACAUUCUAUCACAUAAGACGCCCAGAUCACACAUGGAUUCUGAUAUUUGGAUGGGUUCAUUUAAAAAGUAGUAAAUUCUUGAAUUUAAUGUACGUCUUCGGGAGUAUGUAACUUUAAGGCAUUUACAGAUGUUCAAAUCUAAAAAAUUAUGUGUGCAACAAUUGAAAAAGCGAUUAAGGUCGUUUUGGAGAAGAUUAGAGUCAGAUGGAGUUGAAAUUUCCUUGAAAAUUUUCAUAUCAUCUGCAAACAUUAAAAGGGAAGAGUCUUUUAAGAUAGCGGUCACAUCAUUUACUGUAAGAACAAAAAGAAGAGGUCCAAGGUGACUACCUUGAGGAACUCCAGAUGUGGCGAAAAUUGGUUUAGAUAUUGUGCAACGAAACAAAACUCUAUAGACGCGGUUCUCCAAGUAUGAGGUUACCCAAGAAAUAAAGUUUGGUGGAAAUCCUAAUGCUUCAAGUUUAAGACAAAUGAUUUUAUGUGACACUUUAUCAAAGGCUUUCGCAAAGUCCGUGUAAACUGUGUCAACUUCAUUCCCAUUUUCAAGAACAUUUAGUGUUUUGGAGACAAAUUCAACGAGGUUUGUUGUUGUUGAUCUUUCUUUAAGAAAACCGUGUUGGACGGGUGAGAAUACAGACUUACAGUGGAAAUAGACUGAGUCAUACACUAAACUUUCAAAGAGUUUGGGAAUACACGAUAGUUUAGCUAUCGGUAGUUUAUGACUGCAUUUUUGUGGACCUUUUUUAUGAAUUGGAAAAUAAAGGAGUCUUUCCAAACAUCAGGUAAAAAACACUGCGCGAGGGAUAAAUGGAAGAGAUCAGUAAGUAGUUUCGAUAUAAUACGCACACAUUUUUUUAGGAGAAUGGAAUGAAUGUCAUCAUUUUAUCUUAUUUAAGAGCUUGUUUCUAUUCAAGUGACGCAGAAAAAAAACUGUUUUUUGUGAAGUAAUGCGAAAAAACGCAACUAGUAGCCAAAGCCCAGUUAUUUUAGGCAUUUUUUACCUCAAUCUGCGGAAAAAUUCCUACUGGGCUCGAUUUUGGUAUAGACCUUCGUUACGGCGUUGUUAUGAAGUUGUGAAAAAUCGACAUUGAUAUCGCGUCCGCGUUAGAAGUUAUAGAGGUCAAAAGGUCAUGAAAAUCAGUUUUUCGCAUAUAUCUCGUGACCCGUUGCUCGGAGGUCAAUAGGGGUCUAUGGAAAAUCUGUUCGUCAUAAAAUUAUCUACAAAUAUUGCCUUACGCAUUUUUCUGUAAAUCCAACCGAUUUCGGAAUAUAUUAUAACGUAGUCAUUCAAACUACAUAAAUUUGUUCAAAGUUUCGAUAUGACUUUUAGAAGUAGUCUAAGAUUGAUUUGGGGUGUUUUGGCCCUCAAAUGUUUUUACCCUGAGACCAAAACAUCUCAGGGUAGAUAAUUUUGACCUGAGGGUCAAAAUUAAUUGCUAAGAUUUUAUUAAAUAGUUCGUUAGUAGCUAAGUAACUUGGUUAGUUAGUUAGUUAGUAAGUUAGUUAGUAAAUUAGUUUGAAUAUCGAUUACAUGUGAAACUUAUAAAAACGUAUUAAUAAAAAGCAAAAGAGAUUACACAUGUAUUUUUCAGUAUUCAAAUACUGAAUUAUUCACUCUUAAAUAAAACAAACCUAUUAUUACGUUUCAAGUAUUAUGCCCACGCUUGAAACAGCUCUAUUCCGAAAACGGUUGGAUUUACAGAAAAAUGCAUUAGGCAAUAUUUAAUUUUCGUGACCUUUUGACCUCUAUAACUUCUAACGCGGACGCGAUAUCAAUGUCGAUUUUUCACAUCUUCAUAACAACGCCGUAACGAGGGUCUAUACCAAAAUCGAGCCCAGUAGGAAUUUUUCCGCAGAUAAAACCUAAAAUUACUGGACUACCCCAUACGGUUUCUGUUUUUACAACAUUGUUUGUUAAAAGUUCUUCAUUGAAAAUGCAAAACCAAAAAUCUACUAAUUUACCUCACCAAAGUGCCAAUCGCUUUUUUCUAAAGAAAAAUUGUUGUUUCUAUUCAAGUGACGCGCAGUGUAUAUAUACGUGUUUUGUUGUUUUUCUCGUGUUCAGUUGGCUUAAUUUUUUUUUGAAAAAUCGUUUGAGUUGUUCAAUGAAGUUGUGUUCAUUUGUGUUCUCAGAAGAACAGAUGGAUAAGUGUAAAGGUAAUUUGACAUUUUCUCCGUGCAGGAACUCGGAAGGUGUAUAGUUGAGAUCAUCUUUAAUCGUCGUACGUGCAUAUUUCGAGAAGAAUGAUUGGAAGUUGUUGUGACCAGUGAAUUUUGUCACCAGGAGCACGAAUCGAGGUUUUUAGUUGACGAUGAAAUCUCUCAGCUUGGACGAGGGCGGGCAGACGUCGGUUGGCCCCAAAGUUCAAGUAUAAGACUUUCUGUAACAAUCACAGAUUGUCCAGCCAAAGUUUGAAGUCUUCUGUAAAAUUCAGAUGGCUUUCUGUCCCCAUCCCCUCGCCUGAUAAUAACACAGCCACACAAAAAAAUAUAAAAGUUCUGACCUGGGGUUGCGACUAGGUUUUUCAUAUAGUUUUUGGGUCGCUGAAACCGAAUCCGAAGUCCGUUUUGCCCCAUCACGUCAGGUUUUCGGGAUAACCUCAAAAAAUGUCAAGAAAACAAAAAUUUUUUUUCUCUGAUCUGGAUGUGCGAAUAUGUUAAUCAUAUAGUUUUUGGAUCUCUGAAUCCAGAUUCGGAGUCAAUUUCAGGUUUCUGAGAUAUCCUCAAAAAAUGUCAAAACCAAAAAAAUAAAAGUUCUUAUCUGGAGUUGCGACUAGGUUUUUCAUAUAGUUUUUGGGUUGCUAAAACAGAAUCCCAAGUUUUUUUUGCCGUAUCACGUCAGGUUUUUGAAAUAUCCUCAAAAAAUUACUAAACUCAAAAAAAAAGUUCUUAUCUGACAUCUUUUGAGAAUAUCUCAAAAACCUGACGUGAUACGGCAAAAUAGACUUCGGAUUCGGUUUUAGCAACCCAAAAAACUAUAUGAAAAAGCUAGUCGCAACCCCAGAUAAGAAAUUUUGUUUUUUUGGUUUUGACAUUUUUUUGAAGAUAUCUCAGAAACCUGACGUGAUAGAGCGAAAUUGACUUCAAAUCUGGAUUCAGCGAUCUAAAAACUAUAUGAUUAACAUAUUCGCAUAUCCAGAUCAGAGAAAAAAAAUAUUUUUUUUUCGUGACAUUUUUUGAGGUUAUCUCGAAAACCUGACGUGAUGGGGCAAAACGGACUCCGGAUUCGGCUUUAGCGACCCAAAAACUAUAUGGUAAACCUAGUCGCAACCCCAGGUCAGGAGUUUUAUUUUUUUUUGUGUGGCUGGGUAAUGCUUCUAUGCGAUUGCUUUCGCUCAUGGAAUGUCUAUCGAUUAAUGCUUUUUUUAUUGCGUAUGGAGGUUAUAUUUCGAGUUGAAAAUUGAGACUCGAUCUAAAUAAACCAUAUUGCAGGCAUUUUUGUUCAAAAUUCGGGCAGUUUUAUUGAAAUCGCGUUUACUAACCCUGCUGUGAGUGCGGAAGCAAUCGCAGCUGGAGGGAUUGGGGCUUGAGGUAUUGUAUCAGGCAUUUUAAUUGCUUUUGUUGAGCCGAUUCAAAACGUUAUUAAAAAAAAUUUUUUAAAAAAAUGAGAAACCCUAUUUACUAAAUUCGAAGUUAAGAUGGUAGCUGAGAAAAUUCGUUUACAGCUUUUGUGAAAAAGUAAUUAAGUGAUUUGAUUUUUUAAAAUUCUUAAAAAGGUUUGUAUUGAGAAUAUUUUAUAAUAUGAUUUACGAUUGUUUAAUAAAUUUAAUUUUGAGAAAUAUUGACUUAGGAUAAAAAAAAAUUUUAAAAUUGCGUUAGCUUUUGAUUUUUAUUUGCUCUGGAAAUGAUUUUACUGUUUUCUGAUUCGAUUUUCAAUUUAUAAAAAAAAUUUGUAUUUCGUGAGCUUUAAAUUUAGAAUGACUUUAAUAGUUCUUACUUAAAAUUAUUUUUAGAGCUUAGGCAACCAAGAAAUUUUGAAAUAUUUUUGAAAGAAAAGAAUUUUGUUCUACGAUGACUUAAAUACUUAAAUGCUUAAAUAGUUAAAUACUUGAUUUCUGUUCCGAUCUGGAUAGUGGUAGUCUUGACUGCCCUCUAAACUUUUGUUCUGCAAACAGAAUGUUUUUGUUGAUGGAGAAUUGUACAGCGGAGGUGGUGGAUCGUGGAACGUGGUGGCAAAAAUUUUUCGACGUGGCGGUGUUGGCUUUUGAUGGUGCUGGCAAAAAAUUUUUCAACGUGGCUGUGGUGGCUUUUGAUGGUACUGGCAAAAAUAUUCGACGUGGCGGUGGUGGCUUGACGAGUGCUGGUGGUACUUUGUAUCUUAUUGGGCCAAAAAAAAAAUCUUCGUGGCGGAUGUUGGCCCCUAAUAGCGCAGCGAAUCUUCACAGGAUUCCGAUUGCCACACACUUUUGAACUGCGUGAUCUCAAUUGCAAAUGAACAAUCGUGAAUUUACACAACGAUCGUGAUAGCAAUUACAACGCAACGAAAAUUGUAUUUACAAAUUGUGGCGACGUGGGGCGGCGUGUUCCCAACGGUUCUGUGCCACGGAACGGUGAAUUGCGAAAAAGUUGUAAUGAUUUGUGAUCACGUGAGUGGUUGAUGCGGCUUUUCGUCACUAUAGCGGUGCUUGCACGAACCGCUAUGUCUUUGUGCCACACUAAGCAGCACACAAUUGAAAGAAAGCGGUGAUUGCACGAAUCGCUAUGAUUUGCCACACCCAGCGACAUACAAUUUGUGAAAACUAAGAAGCCUUUUUAACUUUAAAUCGCUUAAACUUUAAAACGAUGUCGGGGUCACCAAUAUUGUAAUUAUAAAACAUUUUUUGUAUAAUUACAAUUAGCUUUAAUUAUAUCGAAUUCAAUUUUAUAAAAUGACACAAUGACAAAUCACGAUGGUUUGAUGCAUAAAAAAUAAGUUCGGGAAUACAACCGACUUUUCUCUUUUUGUUGUUGGGUGCUGCCAUCUGUGUUUGGGUUUUUGAAACUAGUUAAGUGAGUCUGCCACUACAAACGCACCCUCUAUGUCUAAAAAAGCGACAAGAGUGUACUCUUUGUAGUGUAGGGAAUAUUCAAUGGUUCUAACCAGAGAAUGGAGAUCAGUUUCCACCAAUUUCCCUUUAGUGUAGACAUGUUGUGCCUUAGAGAUCAGACAUGGUUCUAUUUCCUGUCUUAGAUGGAUAUCUAUCAUUCUUUCUAGAGUUUUAAACAGAAAGGAUGAUAGACUACUAGGUCUUAUAUCUCUUGGAGUGACAUGAGAGCAUUUUCCUGCCUUAGGUAUAAAAACCACCUUAGCUUCUCUCCAGACCUUUGGAAUAUACGAGAAGCUUAUAAAGCUUAUCAUCAUAAUUUCCAACUUUCGCAAUAUGAUAUCUGAGACGUGUUGUAGUUCGGCGGGUAUGAUACAUUUGACCCAGGCGAUUUGUAUGGAUCGAAGCUGUUUAUUGCCCAUAUUAGUCUAUCCUUGGAAAAGAUCUUUACUAAUUUGAUAAAAUUGGUUAGAUCGGUGACCAAUGUCACUUAUUGAGUUUGAGUUACCAGGGAAAUGAGUGUCUAGUAGCAAGUUCCUCAAAGGAGCUAGUCCAAUCAUCAUUUGAGUCUUUUAGAGAGCUCGGUAUGGAGGAAUCAGUUGAAAGGAUUUUCCUUAGUCUAGAUGCCUCAGAGGAGUCUUCAAUUUUACUACAGAAGUUCCUCCAGGAGGAUCUUUUACUUUUCCGUAGUUGUUUCUGGUAACUUUUUACGGGUCCCUAUAUACAAGUUCCAAUCUGAUGGGUUCCUUGUUUGUUUAGCCCUAUUGAAAUCCUUUCUAUAGUCUUUCCUGAGCGGUUCCAGCUCUUUGUUCCACAAGUGCGGUUUUUUCUUUCCUCUUAUUAAGAUAAGGGGACAAGAGUUAGCCAUGGAGUUGUUUAGAGCUUUAGUGAGAUUGUUGACUUCUAAGUCAAGACCAUCAAUAUUAGAAGGGAAGAUGUUGUCCUGAUUAUUAUAGCAGGUAGGUACUGAAAGUUUCCCUAUAUUUCCCCAAUCGGUUUUCCUGUAAUCAUGAAAACCAGUUAUUUUUUAUACAUUCAUCUUCGAGACUGAAUUUAAUAUACCUCUGGGAAUGAGUGAUCAUUAGAUACAGUCCAAUUACUAAUCUCCAAUUACUAAUGUCCAAUACCUCCUGUCGGUUCUUUGUGACAAAGGUAGAUUCAUUACCAAUAUUAUAAAUAAGAAGACUAGUACUUAGAAUAAAAUCAAAAAGUGACUCACCUCUUUCAUUUACGUCAGUACUCCCCCACACUGUGUUAUGAGCAUUAGCGUCACUACCAAUUAGGAGAUCUACUUUUUGGAUCGCUGCUGCUGCGAUCAUUCGCCCAAUAAUGGCCUAGAUAAGCAGACGUAAUCCAAUAUGUUUCUUUGGCGGUCUGCAGUCUAGCGGUUGUGAUAUCACGAUCGCUGUAAUUAGGCAGUAAAAAGGCUGUUAGUGUUUUCUUUGUUAGUAUGCAGGAUACAGGCUCACCUUUAUCCGUCGCAUACAGCAGAGAAUAAUUUUUCGUCCCGAGGCCUCUCACCAAGGGUUUUACAAUCCAAGGUUCCUGGAUCAGGACUAUAUCCUCUCCGGACUUGCUUAGUCGGAGAAAAAGGGCGGCCGAAACCUUUAUGGAGUGUAGGAAAUUAAUCUGUACUACCUGAAGCAUGGCUUCAACCUGUACGAUCAACAUUGGCAUUAAGGUCCUCCGUUUCUGAGGUAGAGUUUAAUAACUCAUCCUUGUCGUUAUCAGUAUCCAUAUCGGACAAACUGUCAAUCAUCUCAUCAUCUUCCAUUACGGAAGAUAUUGCCCGAAUCUAUGGUGCCCACGUUGUUUCCAAUCUUGUUUCUACAGCUUCAAUUGUAAAGGUAAAUGUGUGGGAUUACCUAUAACGGGUAGUUUAUGAAGAUCGAAAGCCGUAUCUGAAGAAAGAGAUGUCAAAUGAUGGCAUCAAGGGCCCUUGGGAUAACAUUUCAUCAGAUGUGUUUUAAAUAAUCGUAUUUCUUACAAAAUUCUAAGUAAAUAGGGGGCGUUAGAACCUUUUAAAUUAUUUGUUUAACCUCGUUAAAUAAAAAAAUUAUUUUUGUUAAAAAAGUUCUUAAAUAAAUUUCGUUUUUGGCUAUAAUAAAAGGGGUAGCCUCACCCUGAUGUUAUAAAAAAAAAAUUACAAUCUAUUCGCAUCUAAAAAGUGCAAUACAAAAUCGAUAUUUAAGGGCGAGAAGGGGGGGGGGGUUUGAAACAUAUUUUGGUCUUCCCACAUACUCCCGACGAUCCUUAGAUCCCAAAUGAAGUAUGUGAGAACACCAAAAUAUGUAUCAAACGAUCCACGAUACACCGUGAAAAUGGUGAAGCAUGGCGGUGCGAAACUGAUGCUUUUCAUACAACGGGGUUGAGCCUAUUUAUCCCAUCAAGGCCCAUCAGGGGUAUAAUGGAGUACGUCAAAAUUCUCGAGGAGGUUAUGUUACCCUAUGCUAAAGAGAAAAUGUCUUUGGUUUGGGUAUACCGACAAGAUUAUGGCCCAAAGAAUACUUCGAAAGGGGCAAAAUUAUGGUUUCACGAGAAAAAGGUAUGCGCUAUGGAGUUGCCCGCACAUUCCUCCCGACCCUAACCCCUUUUAAAACUUGUUGGGGAAUGUAAAACAUAAGGUCCAUGAGGUGAAACCGAAGAAUUCGAAAGAAUUGUGGGAGAUAGUGCGAGAUUCGUGGAUUUCAAUAUCGGUCGAAAGGUAUCAAAAUUAAAAGAACUCUAUGCCUCGAAAAUGCAUUCCAAUCAUUUAAAUAACAAAGUAUUAAAGGUAAUCUUAAAUAAUUAAUACACUUUCAUACAACUUUCAAUAGUUUUUCUUACUUUUUGCCUUAUAGGGUAAUUGCGGGAGAGAUGCCGCGUCGGGAGAGUUGCCGCAGUCAACCGAAAUCAUAUAUCUAGUCGUCCAGGCAAAAAAUUUUUUUUUCUAAUUUGUUCGGUUAACAUUCAAAUUAAAACGUAGCAAAAAAAAUCUGCACAUACUGUAUAUGUAACGGGAGUUUUUGUCGUUUGUUUUGUUUUUUGCUCGCCUUUUGACUAUGGAAAUUUUUCAGCCUGUGGGAAUUUUUCGUUUCUGAGACAAGUUAUUGCGUUUUUUUCUAAAUGUAAUGAUUUUGUUUAGUUAAUAUGUGUUUCAUGAAGUGAUGCGUGUGACUUUUUUUUUGUUCUUAUUUUUUGUUAUUGUGUGGUGUCGUGCGGCAUCUCUCCCUCACAAAAGGGAGAGAUGCCGCAUUUUUGUUGGGAGAAGAUGCCGCAUUCUGAUUUUAGUGUCUUUUAUUGUUUAAAAGAAAAUAUUAAGCUUUAUUAGGUCACGAAAAUGUAUCUGUAAGAAUAACAGAGGAAGUUAGACCAAAGAUGUCUUAGAAAAAGCUUUAAAAUGCAUCGAGAAAGGGAUAACCCCGCAACAUCUCAGCUUUCAGAAACAGCUCUUCUUCCUACAAUAAUUUCAGAAGCAAUCAAGUUCACUCUUGCAAUCAUUUUGAAAAGGGAAUUCACACACCAUUAUAUUUCAAAAGCGCUGCGCCAGAAAAAUUAUUUUCACCACUUCCUGAAAAACCGAUGCCAAAUUUUUAAAAACUUAGGGUAUUUUCAGGGGUUUUACCCACUACCUAACUAUCUCGUUAAUAGAAAGAAAAACAGGUUAAAAGGAGAUAACAACUGAAAAGUGAAUGUUGAGUUGGCUAAGCCCGCUGAGAACCGAAAAAAUUGUGUCCAAUGUUGGAAAAACUAUUUCUCAACAAAAAAAAAAAAAACAAAAAAAACAAGAAUGCAUCCAAUGCAAAAAAUGUAGCAAACGG